UCAUUUCUCACAUACACAAAGCUUACUAGGUAGCUUGGAGAAACGCGUCUUCGACAGAGAUCGCAUGUUGGCCCCUCUUCCCUAAACGAACAGCAUGGUUUACGCUAUGAUGCGAUACUAGAGUCACAUUACGCCACCAAAUUUUAGUUGAAUAUGAGAAGUGACACAAGAGCUCACGAUAACGAUGUGCUUGGAGAACUCCACCAACGUGGCCGGCAGGCAAGCCGGAUUCAAACCUUGGCGUCGGGUUGCGGAAACAAGACUCCUAGGUUAGAUUUUCGGCCGAGUAGUACCGACGAUCCCGACAUCGCAGAUAUCUACGAUCUCAAAAUUGGUCUUGGAGGGGAUAUUUAGGGUCAUUUUGAUGUUCAAUUGAAAAUCACGCCUGGGUGCGUGGAAUAUAGACUGAGUCUCCGGGACGGCGACCGACGUUACGCGAUGUCAUCCAGUGGCGAGGCUGAUUCAAGCCCGAGAACACCUCUCCGGCCGACAGCAAGGCCAGAUCGGGUAGACUCAGAAUCGGAUGGAAAUGCUCUCAUUAUCCAUCCUCAAGCUUCGCAAUAUAGUUGGUGGAGACGUUGGCGAAAUACAAUAAUCGCAGCUAGUUUUGCCGUUCUCGCUACCCCUUUUACAACCCUAGGGAGCUGGCUUUUGCCAGCGGAAUCCCCGAUUGACCCAACCAACUAUGCCCUGCGGACUAGGCGCAUAUUAGAGACGACGCCUCUCAUCGACGGCCAUAAUGAUUUCCCGUGGAUGCUACGCGUCGAACUACAUAAUCGCAUAUACGAUGGCAGAUUCAAUCCAAAUCAGCGCCUUCUAGGCCACACGGAUAUCGGCCGAAUGAGGCAGGGGAUGAUGGGAGGCCAGUUCUGGAGUGUGUAUGUCAAAUGCGACACAGCCCAACAGCACUUCGAGGAUCCAUCUUGGAUAGUGCGUGACACUCUGGAACAGAUCGACGUAGCAAAGCGAUUUAUAGCUGAAUCCCCGGAAGUAUUUACUUACUGUGAGACGCCCUCCUGCGCUCGCGCCGCAUUCAAGAAUGGCCGCAUCGCGAGCAUGCUAGGGAUCGAAGGCGGCCACCAGCUCGGAGGCUCCAUCGCUGCUUUGCGACAAGCUUACGACUUGGGGGUCCGAUACAUCACGACUACGCACAAUUGCGACAACGCGUGGGCGACUUCGACAUCAACCGUCGCUCGCGGAAACCCCGAUAAAGGCCUCACAGCAUUGGGCGCUGCUUACGUCCGCGAAUCGAAUCGCCUCGGGAUGAUGAUCGACCUCUCGCACGUCUCUCACCAAACUAUGCGGGACAUCCUGUCUAUCACUCAAGCCCCUGUAAUCUUCUCCCACUCAGGCGCAUUCUCCGUCACGCCUCAUCUGCGCAAUGUACCUGACGAUGUACUCCGGGGUCUACGUCGGAACGGGGGAAUUGUGAUGGCCGUGUUCGUGAAUCGCUUUUUGAACAUGAAGGACCCGAGUGCAGUUACUAUUCACGACGUCGUAGAUCAUAUCUGGCACUUAGCUGAAGUCGCUGGUUGGGAACACGUUGGGAUUGGGUCUGACUUUAGCGGGACCCCUUUUACCCCCAGCGGUUUGGAGGAUGUCUCGAAGUAUCCAGAUCUAAUCGAGCUCUUGAUGGCUCGUGGAGCUUCUGAUGACCAGAUCAGACUCCUGGUGGGGGACAAUAUACUGCGUGUUUGGGGGACCAUCGAUCGCAGAGCCAAGGAAAUUCAAGCGGAAGGGGAGAAGCCUGUCGAAGAAGAAUGGGAGGGCCGAAAGUGGCAUAGAGGUUACAAACACUCUCCUUACAUGUUCCGAGAGACGAGGGAGUUAGCAGCGAGAGAGGAUUGGGGUGAGCCUGAGCAGUUCAAUGUUGAUAAGUCUGGGAAACAUGCUUCCAUAGCGAAAGCCGACAAUGACAUCUAAGUGGUCACAGUGGUUAAGAUUUGCUGCCACUGAUUUUCUUCGCACCAUUGGAAAUCAAGUUCGAAUAGAUAGGAACGGGAUGCAAAUCGUCAACGGUCCACUGUAUCACGUAAUCUUAAAGGGGAUCCCGCGACAGAAGCCAUACCCGCGCCACGAUAAUAAUGAAUGUUUCGGUUAUCAAACCCCGAAACGCAACAGGUUUACCCGAUACCAGCUAUUCGGGUUCGUCAACACGGCACUAACGAUGGAUCUACGGAGCAGGCCCAUCACCGAAUCAAUCAGGAUUCGCUAGUUCGUAGAGGAGG